AUGGAUUUCCACCAUCCCUAUACGCCUUACGAUAUUCAACUCCAAUUUAUGCAGGCCUUGUACGCUUGCCUAGAAGAUAGCAAGAUCGCUGUAUUUGAAUCCCCAACUGGUACUGGAAAAUCUCUAAGCUUAAUCUGUGGUUCUUUGACCUGGCUUCGAGAUCACAAGCGAAAGGCCUUCCAGGAAACCGUUAAUGCAACAUGCGAUGACGAUGAACCCGAAUGGAUGAUAGAACAUGCCAAACGGGAAUCCAGGCGUGCUAUUACCGAAAAGAGACAAGAAUUCGAGGCCCGACUAGCCAAUAUCCGACAAGAGGAAGAACGUGUGAAACAGGCCCAGGACAGCGCAGAUCGACCCCGUAAAAAGCUGCGACUUGACGACUCAGCACCGGAACUUGUUGAAGAAGACGAUCAAUUUGUUCUCGAUGACUAUGACAGCGACACAGAAAAUCGGAAAAAGCAGAAUGACUCUGGGAAUUCUGACGGCCUGUCUGCAAGCACUUUAGCCUUGCUAGAACGGUUCCAAGGGAAAUUCUCGACAAAGAAAGAUAAAGAGGAUGACGGAGAUGAUGAGAUCAAGAUCUUUUUUUGCUCAAGAACGCAUUCGCAGCUAAGCCAGUUUGCUGGUGAAUUGCGACGAGUCAACUUCCCAUCUAGUAUACCUAGUGACCUUGAUCUGGAGAGCAAAGAUGACCUCUCCAAACUCGAAGAGCGUGUGAAACACCUGUCGCUUGGGUCCAGAAAGAACCUGUGCAUCAAUCCAAAAGUCCGAGCCUUGGAGAACAACACCGCGAUUAACGAAAAAUGUUUGGAUUUACAGCAAGCGGGUGUAGCAGCCGACAAGAAGUGCUCAUUUAUUCCCUCCAAAGACGACGAGGCCCUGGCUCUGGAGUUUAGGGACCAUGCUUUGGCGACAGUCAGGGACAUCGAAGACAUUGCCGAGGUUGGGAAAAAGCUCGGAAUAUGUCCUUACUACGCAUCUCGUCCAGUUAUCAAACACAGCGAGAUUGUCACACUUCCAUAUCCCUUGCUACUGCAAAGAUCAGCUCGUGAGGCCCUCAAUCUCUCCGUCAAAGGCCACAUUGUCAUCAUCGAUGAAGCUCACAACCUCAUGGAUGCAAUAGCUGGCAUUCAUUCGGUGACUGUCUCACUCAGUCAAAUUCAGACUGCCAUCGGCCAGCUGACAACAUAUGCCCGCAAGUUCAAGAACAGACUGAAAGGGAAGAAUCGAAACUAUGUUGCGCAAGUCAUCCGGUUGGUGAGCUCCAUUGCGGAGCAUAUGAAGUCAAUCUCUCAGCAAAAAGGACCACUAGAAGGCUCGGUGCAAACGUCGGAUCUCAUGGCUGGAAAGGGAGUUGACCAGAUCAACCCUUAUAAGCUCUCUAGGUAUCUGCAAGAGAGCAAGCUCGCCCGGAAAGUUGACGGCUACCUUGAAUCCUCGCAACAACCACAACCUGGUCGAUUCAAGGAUAAGACAACAAUGCCGGUUUUGUUUCAUAUUCAAAGCUUUCUUCUUCCUCUUAUGAACCCGUCGCAAGAGGGGCGGCUCUUCUUUCAGAAAAGCCAAGAUGAUGUCUUGUUGAAGUACAUGCUUCUGGACCCUACGAACCACUUUCGGGAAAUUGCCGAAGAUGCUAGGGCCGUCAUUCUAGCUGGCGGUACCAUGUCUCCUAUGUCAGAUUAUGUGAAUCAUUUGUUUUCGUACCUGCCCCCAGAACGACUAGGAACUUUCAGCUAUGGCCAUGUCAUUCCAAAAUCCAAUUUGGUUGCGCAGUCAUUGACUCAAGGGCUGAUGGGAAACGAAUUUGAUUUUACAUAUGAGGCACGAAACUCCGAGAAAAUGUCAUGUUCUGAGUGUAUGGAAGAAGCCCAUUCCCAACGGAAACGGCCAAAGCACUCUCAACCUACUGGAACGGAAGAAGAAGAUCUCUACGAAUCUCGCGAAGCAGUGACCACUACAGACGAUUUGUUGCAGGAGUAUACCGAGGCCGUUGAAUCGGGAUCAGGAGCCUUGCUUCUAUCUAUCGUGGGCGGCAAGCUAUCAGAAGGCAUUAAUUUCUCCGACAAGCUAGGGCGCGGUGUCUUUAUCAUCGGCCUCCCAUUUCCUAAUAUCCGCAGCGCUGUCUGGCAGGCCAAAAUCCAGUACCUCGAGGAGAAGACCUACAAGCAGGCUUCUGGGACCGAGCCGGAAAGGAAAGCAGCAGGUAAGGCAGCGGGCAGGGACUUUUACGAGAAUUCGUGUAUGCGAGCAGUAAACCAGUGCAUUGGACGAGCAAUCAGGCAUGUGAAUGACUAUGCCGCCAUCGUCAUGAUUGACCGCCGACGGAACGAUCCCUUCAACGCCAAACAUCAACGGUCUUGUCGAAACAACCCCGCCGACAAGAUGCCUACCCGUUUCUCGAACACCCGGAAGCACCGCGGCCAUGUGUCUGCCGGUUACGGUCGUAUCGGCAAGCACCGCAAGUCCCCCGGUGGUCGCGGUAUGGCCGGUGGUCAGCACCACCACCGUACCAACAUCGACAAGUUCCACCCUGGUUACUUCGGUAAGGUUGGUAUGCGGUACUUCCACAAGACCAACCAGCAGUUCUGGAAGCCCACUGUCAACGUCGACAAGCUCUGGUCCCUCGUCCCCGCUGAACAGCGUGAUGCCUACCUGAGCGGCCAGAAGACCGAUGUCGCCCCCGUCAUCGACCUCCUGCCCCUCGGCUACUCCAAGGUUCUUGGAAAGGGCCGUCUCCCCAGAUCCCCGUCGUCGUCCGUGCCCGCUACGUCAGCCGUGACGCCGAGGAGAAGAUCAAGGCCGCCGGUGGUGUUGUUGAGCUCGUCGCAUAAGCGUUGA